AAUUAAUUUUAUAUUUACGCUUGAGUUUACGCUUCAUGUAUCCCCGGCUAAACAAUUUUUUUCAGAAUGUUUUUGUUGAGCCAUCAGGCAAAAAUUAGGCGAUUUCAUCGAUAUUUUAGUAGUUUUGAACGUUUUCCACCCGCUGUUUCUAAUAAUACCGUGUUCCCUAGUUCAUCAACAUGUGCUCACACGACUGCGGCAAAGCUGCCGGCCUGGAACGGCUCUACCCGGUUGCUGCCGGCUUCUUCCCGUCCCUCGAUCGCAGGCAAUCAAAACACGGUCCAAAUCCGAUGGAACUCGACCGAUGAGCACCAGCAUCCGGCCCGGAAGGUGAAGAAACCGCUGACGCUGAUGGACUUCCCCCAGCUAGUGUGGCCAUCGGUCGUGAAGACCAUCCGUAACUUUAUCAUGGUGCACUUUAUUAUUCGGCCAUACUUUGACCGGGACUUUCACCUUCCCGACUUCGUGAUCGGAGCGAAACAGGCUCUGCAGGUUGUUUCUUCGGCUCUGGCCGGUGGUGAAACAAAACAGCUGGAAGGAUUGGUCGAUCGUGCGGCACUGAACGACGUGAAGCAAACGCUUUCGAAAAUGUCCGUCGCAGAACGGUAUGAUAUUCGUGUGGACAAGGAGGAUGUGUAUUUCUCCUUCCCGUACCAGGUCGGUGUCAUGUUCGAUGAAUCGGAGGACGACAGCCAGAAGCGAUUUGUCGAAAUCACGAUGGUCUUUCACGUGCUUCGAGGGUUGAAAGGAAUGAUCGAGCGAGGGGAAACCGUUCCCCUUAACAUCGGAGCACUCCCUGAGUAUCGCGAUAAAAUCAGCGUCUGCAACUACAGAUUCAUCAAGGAGUUUACCAAGGGCGUCGAAUCCGACUGGACCGUGAACGUAAUCAACCACUUCAGACCGAGCGAUUACAUCGAUGAGUAAUCAGGCAGGCCACCUGCCGUCAUUCACACAUCCGAAUGGCCAACCAAGAAACCUCGUGUAAAGUAGCAGUACAAUAAAGAACACAAAAGUGCAUGUUUAA